GCAGGACGGAAAGGAGACAGUCACCAGGAAUGACAGCACACACCAGCACUUGAGGCCCGGAUCCCUGCUCCCGCCCCCAAACCCGGAGAAGUGGGCGUUCUGGCCUCCUGGAGUGAUUCACGCCCCGGCAAUGUGGGCGCACAUGCCGAAAGCGAGCCUGGGCGCCCUGCCCACCGGCUCGGCACAAGCCCAGGGGAAGCUGAGAUUGGGGCCCCGGAAGGGUGGCAGGGGGGCGCCUCCUCCUGCCCACCCCUCGUGCGGCCGUGCCCUCAGAGCGCCCCCUCCCGACCACCUCCUGUCCCCGAGGACCGGGACGCGCGCCUCCCGCCCUCCUCCCCCAGACCCUACCGGGAAGCCGGAGAACCAGGACACGAGGAAGACAUGGAGGAGACUUGAUGCCCCAACACCCAAGUCAUCUAACUCAGACGACGAUGUCCCCGAAGAUUAUCCAGUGGUGAAAAACAUGCUGCACAGACUGACUGCCGACCUGACCCUGGACCCGGGCACCGCACACCGCCGCCUGCUCAUCUCAGCGGACCGCCGCAGCGUCCGGCUGGCCCCGCCGGGGACCCCUGCGCCCCCCGACGGGACCCAGGACCCUGGGACUAAGCUGGAUCUGUCUCUGAAGCCAGAAGUCAGAGAAGGCUGGCUCCAUGUUGCCAGUUUCCAAGCCAGCUUCGUCACAUCCAGUGUCAGGUGA